CCACCGAGCUCACACCGCGACAGCGCGCAGUCCACCGGGGAUCGACGCGGAGCUGGGGCGCAGAACCCACCGGGCGGGGAGCCAGUACCGGACACACUACACUGACACCGGAACCACUGAAGCAGUUCGGUUAUGAAUCCGGUGGGGAGUUACUAUUGAACCGGACUGGACCCGUAACCGGAAGAGAGAUGCUGAUCCAGACCGACUCGGUGCGCCUCCGGGGCUGGUGAUGCCCACCGAGCAGGGAUCUCCACCCAGCAGCAGGAGGAGCGGCUCGGAACCACAGCCUGUCGGGGUGCAGAGGAUGGUGCUGGUCCGGUUGAGGACAUUAUGGCUAACGGAACCGGUACCAUCAUGUUAAAAUGCGUCGUGGUGGGAGACGGUGCGGUUGGUAAAACGUGUCUGCUGAUGAGCUACGCCAACGACGCCUUUCCGGAGGAGUACGUUCCCACGGUGUUUGACCAUUACGCAGUGAGCGUGAUCGUGGGAGGGAAGCAGUACCUGCUGGGACUCUAUGACACAGCUGGCCAGGAGGAUUACGACCGCCUGAGGCCGUUGUCCUAUCCAAUGACAGACGUCUUCCUCAUCUGCUUCUCCGUGGUCAACCCGGCUAGUUUCCAGAACGUGCGUGAGGAAUGGGUUCCUGAGCUGCAGGAAUACGCUCCCAGUGUUCCGUACCUGCUCAUCGGCACACAGAUUGACCUUCGUGAUGAUCCAAAAACCAUCUCCAAACUGAACAACAUAAAGGAGAAGCCUAUCACCAUGGAACAGGGGCAGAAACUUGCAAAGGAGAUUGGUGCAUGCUGCUACGUGGAAUGUUCGGCGCUGACCCAGAAGGGCCUGAAGACGGUGUUUGAUGAGGCCAUCAUUGCCAUUCUGGCUCCAAAGAGAAAGAAAGGAGCUCUAAAGAGAAGACUGGGACCUCGCUGCAUCAACUGCUGCCUGAUCACAUGAUGCUGCGUCCGUCCACUAACCCAACGCUUUCUUUAAACUAGAGGAAGAAAAAAGCAGUUGAGGCAAAGAAGAGGAUGGAAACAGACUAAAAUGGGUUAACUUCACCUGGCAGCGCCCCUCCUCUGCCCAGGGUGUUGUUGUUUUUACCAAAGGAGCUGAAAGCCCAGUUUUUCUCCUCUUUUACAAAACGUCCGUCUGAAGCUUUGUGUUUUUAUAACCGUUUGUCUUCCUGCUGCUGGAUUCUGUCGUAUAAAAAACUCAAAAUCACCUUUAGGUUUAAGAAAGAGUUCAUAUUAAAACUAUGGUAAAUGGCCUGUAUGUGAUAUAGCACCUUCUAGAAUCCUGGAACCCUCCAAGGCGCUUUACAACACAAUUAGUCAUUCAUCCAUUGACACACACAGUUUCUACAGGCAUCACACAUUUCUAUCAUUUAUAUAUGAAACAAAGAGAGAAAAGCAGAAUGAACGCUGAUUUUAUUUUUAUACGAAGCCAAAAACCCAUUUGGCUGCUUUAGUUCUGACCUCUGACCUCCUGCAGGUCCGGCGUUGCUCAGCUGCAGCCGAACGCUGAUCUGAAGCAUGACUGUGUCACUUCUGUUUUUAAGCCUUCAUUGUUUUAUAGCGAGGGCUGAACUCCAGGUUUAUUAUCUGUCUUUAGUUUAUGUAUUUUUUAGAUUUUAUGUGAUUGUAAUUUUUCAAACAUCCAUAGAAAAUGCAGAUAAAUAAUUAAUCCUCUGUUCCUGUAGCAGGUGUCAGAGCAACAAAGACUGAUUCAUGUCAACGUCCAAAGAGUCAAACGAUCGCUUUAGUUUGAGUCGGCCGUCUGAGAUGACCCAUACUGUGGAUCUGCUGCACAACCAUGAAGCACAGCUCAGUUUUUCAGCACAGCGUGCACAUUCCUGUUUUCAACCCGCCGCCCGGCUCCGGGAGUGUCUGACUGACGUACAUCACAUGCACACCGUUUGGUCAGACACAACAAUACAGCACAACGUCUCAGCUCGCACCAUCAGGCGUUCUAAAAUGAGGUUAGUCCUCCAAACUUUCGGCUUUUUGGGAAAUUCAAAAACACGGAUCCAAAUUUAUCGAUGUAGAUCAGGGUGCCACUAAGCAACAGAGCUGAGUUUCUUUCUUCUUGCACCAAUGAUCUGAGCUUUAGAUCAUUCAAAGCUAUGCAGCCAGUGUCUCACUGGGCUGCCACAGCAAUCCCAGGUCCCUGUUCCCUCUUUACUGGAAUCUCAAACGAUGUGGUGAAGAGCGUCCUUCAACAGCUGCUUAUCCUCCACAUUCAAAGGAAACCUCCUGGUUGCCUUUCUUUAGAGGUUUACCAGAGGCAGACCGGAAUCUGCUGGAGAGGUCAUCUGGAACUCCGACAUCAGACGUCCUCAUCCAUCAGAUCCUUCCACUCCUCCAAUUAUUGGAUGCCUUGAGGCUGUGGUUGUAGAUGGUUUGGCGCCACCUGGGAUCUUCUACCUUCUUAAGGUCUUGACACUCCUCUUUGAGGUGCUUCAUGAGCUUCUAGUGUUGAAGCAUCCCCCCCCCCCCCCCCUCUCUCUCCUUCCACUUCUGACCUCCUCUCCCUGGCUUUGGCCUCCUCUGCCUUCUAGACCACAGCAGCAGCAUGGAGACCUUCUGCAGCCUUCAGCAAAGCCUCCUGGUCCUCAUCCACAUCACCUGCUGCCUGAAGACCAAAUGACUGUUGGACUGGAUCAGGCCCAGUUCUCUUUUGGUCCAUGGUUACAUGACAGUCACAAGUGCCAAAUGUUGUAACCUUUGCAGGAUUUAAUGUAAAUGUUGGUCCAAAUUCAGCCAGAAGUUUGUGUGACAUCCAUACUACAUUUACUGUAUGUGACAAACAAAAGUUUUACUGGCACCAGACAACAAGACUCCAACUAAAAAACUUCACAUGUUGCUGCAGCCCAGAGCAUUGCUAGCUAAAUGCUAGCUUCUCACAUUCUUCAUGAUGGAUCCGGAUUUAGACGAUGCUAUUCAUAAAAUAAUGAUGUAAGCAAAGUCUGACGUGAUGCACUUCUACACAUAAAAUGUUGCACAAACUCUGAUAAAAGAACAGAAACGUGAGAAUUAAAAAACCACCAGUCAGCCAUAGCUUUUCAUCGUGCUUUUACGUCACGGCUCCUGGUGACCUCCAAUGACAUCACCACUCUGGAUUUUUUCCCAGCGAUUCUUCGUUUGGUCACUAGUUUUAGCAGGUCAUGUGAGAAAAGCUGAUGACACACAAACAGACUGAUGCUGGAGCUUUUCAAGAGUUUAUGGUGAAAAUAAUUCAACAAAAUGUAUUUGAUCUGCUUAACAUAGUUAUAUUCUUCACAGCUGGUACAGAAACAAAGAUACUUUUUAACUGAAAUGUUUCUGGCCUGUUAGGAGACGACUUCAGGUUGAGACUAAACUUUUCUACAAGCCAAUUAAAAAAAGUUCAUCUUUCAUUUCAUUUUUGUAAAUUUCUGAAGAUGUAAAUCAAAGGUGCCAACUCUUUGUGUUGAUUUAUCAGAUUUGGUUGAUUAAAGCUUUAAUUCUGCUC